ACGGCGCUGAAUGUGCGUGAAUAAUUUUAUUUUCGUAUCCCUGCUUGAUAGAAGAUAGCAUUUCUCCUAGUUCUGCUGCAUGCUUUCCGUUUUGCAUCGCGUUUUCGUGAAUAAUAAACGACGGCGUCCUCCCGUUCUGCUGAUGGAAGACGGGGAAAGCUGUCCUUUUCGGAAAGUAGGUCACGCAGCUGGGCAGUGACAGCGCUCUCUGGUGUGUGUCUUCACGACAGUAUGACUAAAAGGGCGAUCCCGGCAAUUUCUUGAUGCGCAUUUUCUCGGAGAUCCAUGUAUUCUUCGUGGGUCGGCGACAAGGAGAAAGGCAGAAGACGAUCCAUACCCAAAAGCGCCCGGAAGAGGCGGCAAUGAGGGAGGCGGGCGAUUUUGCCCUGAAUAGGAGAUGAGGCGAAGAAGAAGUGGCGGACUCAAAUCCGAACCUUGCCUCUCAUCUUUGUUUCCGUGUUUCUGGGUCCGGAAGCGGCGUUUUUCUCUGAAACACCUCCAAAUGCUCAGUCCGUAGCUUACCCCCUGACGACCUUGCAGCUGUAAAAGGCGACUAGUCGUGCAUCUGUGACCAAUGGCAAGCCACGUUUUCCUUCAUAUGAUGUGAUUUUAACGUCUUUUCUCAAUUUGACCCAGUAGUUUAGGGCUCGACACGCCAGGUUGAUGUUCAUUUUGCGGUCGAAGGCACAAGUGACUUGGCCGUCGGAUUCCGUGGAAUCACGGCUGACAGGAAGAACGCGUUCCCGCGCGCUUGCUUGGAAACAGGCUUCACAGUUUUGCUGCAUCCCAAACGUACCAUAUUUCCUGUUUCUGUCAGUUUCCCCAGCCUUACGCUCUAAUUGAGCGUCUCUUCUCUUCCUGAUUCGUUUUUUCCUGGCAUUUUCCCCUUCACUCGCCACCGCACACAUGGGUCUGUGACCCUGCAAACCCGGUCUGCAGCUGCGCUUCCCGGUCGCAUGAAUUCGGAAAAUCGUCAUGCUUUAGCCAUUUCUUUGCGUGCGGUUUCCGUUUUCCUCUCCAUUCACCAUGGCCUCUCUUCAGCUGCCUGUCGGUCUCUCGCACUCAUCGCUGGCGCAUCCGGCCGUCGACCAGCAGCUUCUGCGCACGGAAUUGCCGCCUGCUGCUAUGCUGCCUUCGGGUGUAUUGACACCCCAGCGGAGAGCCACGCUGCCUGCUUCGCGACAAGGCAGCGAACGCUGGACUUCCACCGUUGUUUAUCCAUCAUCUUCCGCUCAGCAGACUUCGUCCGCACAAACGCACGCGUCUUCCCUUCCUUCUUACUCCUCGUCGUUUCCUUUCGUUUUCCCGCCACCUGUUGGGCCGAACCCCGGUCUCUCCGCAGAACCUGACGCAUCUGCGCACGGGUGUCGGCCUGCGGUGCCGGCGGCUCCCGGAAGUGCGGCGUACAUGACCUCUGCACUUUCGUGUGUGUCUUCGCUGCCGCCGGGUGCGGUGCCGACUGUCUCGGCACCUGCUUUUCCGUAUGUCGUGUGUCCGGACGGGUCUCGCGCACCGAGCUUGUCUCGCGUCGUUCCCAUAAUUUUGACGAGUCCGCUGCGCAGGAAGAAGCUGACAACUGCGGUCACGCGCCGGGAGUCCUCACACGGAGAGGAGGCGACUGCUUCCGCAGCGAAAGGUCCAACACCCUCCCUGUCCAGCGGCCAAGGCCGAGGCGGUGCCGCUUACGCGGUCUCUCGGGACCGCACCCGCGCGGCGUCUGCGGGGUACAGCGGUCGCACUCAAGGCGAGAACGGGGAGGGUGCGUCUCCGAGUCGGCAAAACAUUGUGAGAGAGUUCUCCUCUCCCCUCCCUUCAGACAGGUCUCCACUAAGGGCCGCUUCCCUCGACAGGUUCGGCGGUGUGCAGCCGCCCUCCUCGCUGUUUUUUGUCUCGCCUUCUGCUGUUACAGCCGAGAGACCCCGCCGGGCGGCCGGAGACGGGGAACACAGUGCGCGUGCAGACCACACCGAGACCGAGAGAAGCAUGGUCUUCCUCUCGAGCCCCUUCCACCGGUCGCUGCCGUCUUCGCGAAAUAGCCACAUUCGGAGUUCGCACACCCGCGGAGGCAGCGGCGAGGCGUCUUUUGCCGGAGUAGCUCCUGUCCACGACCCUGAAGGGUCUCUCCACUCGCAUUCUGCUCCGCCUUCGCGCCUCGUUGCGGGACUGCAUAUCUCUUCCCACCUCUCGUCUUCGAGUUCUUCUCUCACCGGCGGGACCUCGUCUCUCCAGCACCCAGGGGCGGCCGCGGCAUCUGCGGCUUCCUUCUCGAGUGUUUUGGGGAGGAGCGAGGAGGCGCCUGCCGGGCCGGCGUCUAUGCACUCGUCCUUCUCUUCCGCUCGCGCUCUCGCGCGACCGGCGGCUCCCGCCUUUCUGUCGCCCCAGAAGUUCGAUGCAUCCUUGCCACCCCGCUCAUCUGCGCUUCUUUCGUCUUCCGGAGGUUUGGCGCUCGUCGUCAGCGAAAAUCAGAAGAGCGACUUUGCGGAGAUUGCCCCCAACCGAUGGGCGUGGGGCGUGCGACUGGGGGAGCGCGCCUGGGAGGCGUAUAGACACCAGAUGGCCCUCACGUCUCACUUUGCCGUCACGAGCGACGAGGUGGCGCGCACCCUGCUCCAGGGGAAGUACCCUGAGAGCCUGCAAACGCUCGUCUCGGCCUCGAAGUAUAACGAAGACCGCCGCGAGGAGGCGCCGCAGAGACAGGCCCGAGAAGAAGGCGGCGCCCGGGAGAGGGCGAGCCCGAGGCGACGAGGGCAGCGGGACGGAGGACUGGAAGGCGUAGAGCGACAGCAAGCGAGGUCGCGACGCAGGUCUUCUUCUGAAGAGGACCGGGCACUCGAAGACAAACUCCAAGAGAUCUCCGAUGAAGACUCUUUACCCUCCCAAGGCCGCCCCGGCCGCCCCACCCCGGUCUUCCCGGGACUCUCGUCUGUGUCGCGCAAAGGUUCCCCAGACGAAAACGCCGUCGAAGAAGGCGGCUUCCUCGAUGCAGCGCUCAGCUCUUCGGACGAAGAAGACGAGAGAAGGACGCGAGCGCCCGGAGCACAUGCUCCAGAAGGAGAUGAAAACAUUCAGGCGGACGAAGCAGCGAACCAAGUCGCUGUUGAGCGGAAAGAAACCCGCUGGUCUGUGGAAAACCUGCGAGACGCAGCCGCCGCUGCGAGCCAGCGCCUCGAUGUCCACCUCACGAUGGCUCCCCAACUGGGAGCACCCGUUCAACCUCCGCUUCGCGACGUCGUCGCUCGAACGCCUUUGUCUCUGGGGGCGCCGCACAAAGCCCGCAGUCGCCCCUCUGUGCAGCUGAGACUCGACCGGGAGGCGAAGGCCACACAUCGCUCUUCUCAAGAGAGAACCAGCGAAGGCCAUGUGGGGUCGCGGCGAGAAGAGGCUGCGUCCCCGUCGUCUCACCCCACGGUUGCUUCGCCUCACGCCUCGGGGGUCCCUCGCUCUUCUUCGGAGGCGCCUCUGUGCGAGCCCGCGUCUUGUCGGCGCCCCAGAGGGCGAGAGGACGACCACUCAUUGAGGAGACACUUCCCGGCCACCCCACAGUCGCGGCGCUCUCACGUCCCGCAUGCAGGAACUGCGGAAAAGCUCCCGAGCUCGCAUAUCUCUGCCUUUCCGCGUCCGUUGCCGCUCCUGGGCAGAGGAGCCCAGGUGUCUCUUCCGCCCCCCACCAGCAUCUCCUCUCCCUCUAGCCGUCGGCGAGUGCCUGCAGGAGGCUUGGACGAGGCUGCGCCUCGCGUCACAACCGCAGAAAGGACAAGAGACGACGAGCGAGAAGCGCGUUUCUCGGGUCGUGUUGAAGGCGAGGAGAACUUGCGGGAUGAGACAUAUUCGGCAGGGGGAGAAGAGGACGGGGACGGACGACGAGAGGAGACUGCCUCUCCGGAGAGCGCCAAGAAUGCUCCCGCUUUGCGGACGCGGAAAAGCGGAACUGUUUUCGGCAAACGGGCAAGGCCAACUCUCUCGACUCCUCACCUCCCGGAAACCGAACGGCGGCGGGCGAGUGACCCUGGGAGUCUCUCCGACACGGGUGUCUCCACCCCACACGACCGCCUGCUGUCGCCUCGCGCGCGGCCCAGGCGAAGAAGCGACGGGAGCCUCGAGGGCCACAGAGGUGCGAGGAGGAAGUCGACACUCCUGCGGGCUCUAGGCGAAGACAGAGAAUGGGGAGACCUGAGAACCGUGGAGAGACUUCAGGCUGCGUCGCCCUCCAGCGCGCUGCGUGCAGUCCUGCGAUCGGAGAGAGAGAAGAAGACCGUCGCAUUUGUCGAGGAGGAAGUAGGCGAGAGGCGAAAAGACGAGAGGGGACAGAGAGAAGAGGAAGAGGGACGGAGACAAGAGAAGAGACAAGAGGACAGGCAAGAAGACGACCAAGCCCGAGAAGACGCGAUGCCUUCUGGAGACAUCCUCGAAGCGCUGGCGCGUCAACGAAGAGACGCAGAAGAUAGCGAUGAGUUGCAAAGUGUCUCAAGUGGAACUUCUCUGGAGGAUUACCUCGCUCGCAGGAACCCCUUCCGCGUCUCAGCAGACAGCGAAGAAAAACGACGCAGACAUCGCGAGCCGGACUCGACUCUCCCUGAUCCACAUCUCAGUGCGUCUCGAGUCGACAAAGCUCCUUCCCCGUCGGAUGCUCCCUCUUAUUCUUCGCCGACGUCUGCGAUUGCUGAGCGGCAGUUGGGAGACGACGCCUUUUCGUCUCCUCUUGAGUUUGAGGGCCCAGGCGACUUUUCCGGGGAUUUUUUCGAUGCAGAGCCUGCGAACGGCGAGGGAGAGGAUAGGCAGGAAGCUCCGGGGAACUCGUUGCAGCUUGCCGUCGGUGACGAGGCUGCGGGGAGAGAUGUGGGCUGUGGGCCUUCGCCUCCAGGUGGCGCCCUCACGCAGGAUGCCGCGACUCCGGCGCGUCUCCAGUUGGCACUGCCGAGCGACUCUUCUCUUCACCUGCGUCCUCCGUCUCCACGCACGCCUCUGGCGUCUGCAGGCGCAGUGGCUUCGGGCGAGGUCCUGGAGCGCCCAUUGGUGUUGCCCCCUGCAGUCGCGUCUGUGCAGCGCGGCAUCCAAACUUCGCUGCCUUCUUCGCCAGAGACGCGCGCCUCUCGGCGGGGGCGCGGCGACCACGGCCGGCGCUUCGGGCGACCUGCGUCUGCGCGUUUGCCGGUGGUCACAGUUGGCGCGCGUCUCGUCGAGGAGCCGAUCUCUUCGACGCUGGAGAAGCAAGGUUCCGAGGGCGAGGAAGAGGGCAUCUGUGGGGUCGACUCGGCGUCUCCGUUUCGCGAAGGUGGAGGGGCCUUCGCGGCCUCCCCGGCGCGGUCGGAGGUCGGCAGCAAGCAGAGGAGAUAUCCCUUGAGACAGCGCCUGCCUGCCCUGAAGCCCUGGCUGGGCGAGUACGCGCGGUACGGGUACAAAGACGGCGAGUGGGGUCUGGUGGGCGUCUCUCGGUGCGUCAACCAAGACGCCUUGAGGACCGUCGCGAGAGACGUAACAGUUGACGGUGUCUUGGGGGCCGUCGGCGGCCGAGAGGAGAAGAAACGACAGAAAAUGCUGCGAAACGGAAGGUUGCUCGAACUCGCUGUCGACGAAAGACAGCAGAUGCACCGACACGGACGACCCUUCAAACUGGCCGACGCCGGAGAAGAAGAAGGAGAGGGGGUCGAACGCAGCGGGGGGGAAGCAACUGGCGAAGAAGGCGUUUUGGUACUGCCGGUGCGAGACGCCGGAGAGAAGAAGAGCAGUCGGCGCAAGAGGGUGCGAAAGAGAAGACGCGAGCCACCGGAGAGACAAGAGGAGGAGAGGGGAAAGCGAGAGCGACGCCACAGAGACGAGGGCCGACGAGAGGAGGUGGGGGAGAGAGAAGAAAGGAGACGCGGGCGGAGGAGCAGUGGAGAGCCGGAGCGAACACGCACAAGCAGUGAGCCUGCACAGGACAAGGCCGGAGGCGAGGCACAGGGGAAAGGGGACUCCCGAGAAGAAGAUAGAGAGAAGAAGAGCAACAAGAAGAGACAUUCGAAGAGCCAGGCGGAGGAAAAGGUCUCAAGUGACGAGAGAGAGACUGAACUUCAGAGAGGACGUGGUAGAGGCCAAGGAGAGAGAACAGAAAACACCCGAACAUCCGAUCUGACCAGCACCACCUACGAAGAAGGUCAAGACGGAACCCGCAGACUCUUCACCUACAAGGCCGUUACCCUCCCCAGCGAGUGGGUGUGGAUGAACGCGAACGCGGAAGGAACGCUCAAGACGGCUCUUCUAAGUCGGUGCGGAGCCAACAGCCAUACGCUCCUCCUUCGUCUCGCGCCUGGAGAGACAAAGCCGCCUAUCGACAGCGGGGAGUUCGUCCAUUACGGCGUGGUCACGAUGGGGAGCGGCCUGCGGGUGAGAGUCGGAGAGAAAGAAGCUGUCCUGGACGCGGAGGGAGUUUUCUUCAUUCCACACCACACGGUUUGGAGUCUCUUCAACGCCAGCAGAAAUGGCGAACACAUCGACGUAUAUCUUACUUUCUGGAAAGUACAGUAAACAGCUACGCAGGGAGUUUCACAAUGAGCAACCCGUGAGUUUCGGAGGCGACUCCUGUUUGCCUUUUCUCUCGUCGCUUUGCUGUCUCGGCGGCUCGUACUUCUCCGUGUUCUUUCGGCUUCUCUCCUCCGUUCCUGUCUCGAAGAGAAACGCGGGAGUAUGUGGAGUUUCCGUCUCACAGCGUGAAUGGGCUGUUGUUGGUGGAGGAGGCAGGGGCAAAAAGAGAUUCUGCGAAAAAGAAGGGGAGAGAACCGCGGUGGGAGAUUUACGGACACAAGCCCGAUUCCGUAGACGGCACCUCCGUGCUUUCGCGUUCUCUCGCUACCGUCUGAGUUCUGUCUUGAUACUUUCCGUCCCUCAGGUUCCCUUUUUUUCGCGUUUUGCUCGUCUUUCGUGGUUGCUCUUGAGUCUUUCUUCUUACUGGUACGCUUCUUCCCGCUUGCUUCGUGCUCUGCUCGUUCUCUCUCCCCUCUGUGUCUCAGCCGGUCUCACUCGUUGGCCUGUGGCACAGAAGAAGAAGGAAGUCUGCAAUUUCAAGUCACAAAUGAGAGACAGGGCCUCCUUCUGGGGACCUUUCUGGAUGCCCGGAUGUGACGAGUUUCCAAAUUCCGUAUCUCCGGGCCAGCUUGUCAAUAAGAUUCAUUUUGGUGUGGAACGACUCUCUGCUUGAGAAAUCAGUGAUCUUGUCGCAGUUCGUGCUUCGUGGUGCCUACUUGUUUCCCUGCGAGCGCCAGUUGACGAAUGGUAACUUCAUUUGAAGAAAGAGAAAGGGGAAGAGAGCCGAUGGUAGCGAGCCAACAGAGCGUAGAUGAGCAGAGAUCUAGUGCAGGAGUCGUGCGUCUUACGACGAACGCGGAAGAUCUGGUGGUCCCGCGCAGCCACAGAAACUGCACACGAGUCCGGUUGAGACAGAAGCAUAGUGCCCAAGACGCGACGGCGAAAAUCGGUUGUUCUUCGCAUCCACCGGUACACUCCGAUCUGGCAAAGUCUAGCUGAGACAGGAACGGAGGAAGAAAUGUAAACUGUGACGCCGCGCGAUUCAAGUGCCGCGCUAACAGCGACGUACAAUGUCAGACGCCGGCGAACGUGGGUGCACAUACGGCACGAUAGGCGUGAACAGAUUUCGGGACAGAAAAGUUGCCGCUGUCGACUUCUUGAAGCCAAGCCCGGUGCCACGAGAGAGGUGUUACGAUAUGUCAGUGAACAAUCACAUAGAAGCGAGAGGGAGGGAUUUUAUUACUAGUUUUGUGCGUAGGUGGUUGUGAUUUGUUCUGCUUCCCGACCCAUGAUGACCUAGAAUGCUGAGGGCACUGUCGCCGUGAUAUGGCUGGUAUUUGGUGCCAGUCCUGCGGGCAUAGGCUCUUCACGCGCUCAGGGUUACGGACCAACAGAGAUGCAUCGGGACAUCGUCGGACACAGUAUUGUCACUUCGUUUAUGGAGCCACUAAAAGCGCCCAAAGCAGAGGCCGUCUCAAAGAGUGGCUCAGCACUGACAGGAUAUAGGAAAGAUUGAAAGUGUCACUACGCUCGGCAGACGCUUUGAACGUGUAGUCCUUAGAUUCCUUAGAUCGUGUUGCCGGCCCAUUCUCCCAGGUUGGCUGUUCGUUGGGUUCUGUUGUAAAAACAUGGUGGCAGUGGUAUGCUCCUUAGAGAAAAAGUUGUCCUCAGCAGCUGUCCUCCAAACUCAAGGAGUUUCAUCACCGUCGUACAAGAGAUUUGCGCACCCCAUUUUGCUCGCCCAACUGGACUAUUUACACUUCUUGCGACGUUUUCUGUUUCUCAUUCUUGCGGAGCUACCGAUAUUCGGUAGCCGGUUUGCUUCUGCCUCAUUUACUUUGAAAGGGAAUAUUCAUUCCCAGAGACAAUAG